AGGCUGGGGAGGAGGGCGAGGUGAGCGCGCCUCGCACCAUGUUCCCCGGGUGCCGGCGCGGCGCAGUUUCGGAGAUGUCCCUCCUGUGACUGGACGCACCAUGAGCAUCUGGGAGGUGAUCCUGGCUUUCGUGGUGGUGGUGCUGAUGCUCGUGGCCCUGCUGGCCAACGUGCUGGUGCUGAUGUGCUUCCUGUACAGCGCUGACAUCCGCAAGCAGGUCCCGGGAUUGUUCAUCCUCAACCUCACCUUCUGCAACCUGUUGAUGACUGUUUCGAACAUGCCCCUGACUUUGGCUGGGAUCAUUUACAAGAGUCAACCAGGAGGAGACCAGAUCUGCCACAUUGUGGGCUUCCUGGAGACUUUUCUCACCACCAACUCCAUGUUGAGCAUGGCAGCUUUGAGCAUUGACAGGUGGAUUGCUGUGGUCUUCCCUCUAAGUUAUCACUCCAAAAUGAGGUACAGAGAUGCUGCGCUCAUACUGAGCUACACGUGGUUACACUCGGUGUCGUUCCCGAUAGUGGCAGCUUCUCUCUCCUGGGUGGGUUUCCAUCACCUCUAUGCCUCCUGCACCCUGUACAACAAGAGACCAGAGGAUAGGACACAGUUUGUGAUUUUCACGGGGGUCUUUCACAGCCUCAGCUUCCUCCUCUCCCUUAUAGUCCUGUGUUUCACAUAUCUAAAAGUGCUGAAGGUGGCACGGUUCCACUGUAAGCGGAUUGACGUGAUCACUAUGCAGACCCUGGUGCUGCUUGUGGACAUCCAUCCCAGUGUAAGAGAGCGCUGUCUAGAAGAACAAAAGCGACGGAGGCAGCGAGCAACAAAGAAAAUAAGUACCUUUAUUGGUACUUUUAUACUUUGUUUUGCACCUUAUGUAAUUACAAGACUUGUUGAAUUAUCCUCUGUGGUCCACAUCAAUUCCCACUGGGGAAUCAUUUCCAAGUGCUUAGCUUACAGCAAAGUCGUUUCAGACCCUUUUGUGUAUUCUUUGCUACGGCAUCAGUACAGGAAGACAUGGAAAGACAUCAUAAACAAGAUCCUCAAAAGAAGCUCCAUCAACUCCUCUGCCCUCACGAGCGAAUCGCACAAUCGGAAUAUAUUGCAGCUGAAUGAAUGAGGAGCCUGGUAUGGGACCUACAAGACACAUAAAACAAUAUACAGGAAACAAAAGUCACUGGCCUAUCCCUAGUAGCUAUUCUCAGCUGUCAAGGUUUUUGGGAGGCAGUCAUGGACAAGUUGUAGCCCAGCCUGUGUCCCUCCAGUAACCCGCAUAAGGGAGAUAGGCUGCUUUGUACCUCCUGCCUCCCACUAAAAGAGUGCUGUUUAUAUGUGGUCCUGCAGGCUUCAAAAACACAAAUCUCCCAUUGAUUUCCAUCAGCAAUUACACAUGUAGAUAGGGUAAAGAGCUAGUCCUCAGCAGAAGGACUCAUGAAAGUAGUGGGAGCAAACGGGUGCCACCAUAAGAUUAUUCCAGAAAGCCACACAGAGGUAUUGAUGGUGUAUUUUUCACUGUCUGCAGGUAAGACUACCUCUGAUGGGGCUGCCAACCUGGCUUUACAAAAACCACCCCAAACUAGUUGCUUAAGUAGGUCCUGUAUAGAAAACCUCUUAAUAGGAAAAACUUAGUAGAAAAAUCUUUACCUAGAUACUCACACAGUGCCCAGCAUCGCUUUCAGCCUCUGCUGACAUGUAUUUUUUGAACAAUCCUGUAGGACUGAAUGAGGAAAAAAAAUCACACGUGGCUGGAUUCAGCCAUGUCUCCUCUAAGUUUUCUCAGUAGCUUCCACAAAAUCCCAUUAGUUUUCUCCCCAUGAAAUUUCAGCAAAGUGAAAAUGGUAGACAGGAUGGGAAGACCAGGAUGCCUCCUACCUACUUUCCAGUGUAUUUUAGAUAGAAAGAAGUGGAUUUUGCAAGCAUUAGCAUGCUCCAUUUUGCAAGCACUUUGAUAGAACAGACAUUAUAGCAACUACAAUUUCCUUCAUACCUUGCAAAAAAUGUCUGCUGCUGAAGUUUCUGGCCUGAGAUUCAAAGCCCAGUGAGAUAACUCAGUGAGGGGCUUCACCCCAAAGUCACUGAAUGGGGGGGUAACAACUCAGUGACAUAGAGAACCUUGCCUGAACCCUCCUUCUGGUGUGGUACUACACCUGCAAGGGACCAUGUUAAUCUAUAAACUCACAUUCUCACCUGCUUUGUAACCAGAAGAAUUAACAUAAUGAAGAUAAUUAACUACCAUGUAAAUAAAAAUCAUCGGCUGAAAUAUUCAUUUUGUUUAUGAAACAAUAGCAUAACUAGAAUAAAAUAUACACACAAAUAUAGUCACUCAACUUAAGCAAGUUUUUACAACACCGCAUUCAAAAUUAACCCUUGGCCAGAUUAAAUAGUCUACCUCAUUUUAAUCAUUUCACUUCUUAGGCUUAACAUGAUUUUCUCAGGUGCCAUAGGUAAAGCCCAGUUCAAUACUUGUUUCUUAAGAAAGUCAAGUCAUUUUGAUGACUUGAUUGAACCAUAAUACAGGAUAUUAGAAAUUUUAUUAUUAGUGAGUUUAAAAAGAUAAAAAGCUCUAGAUCAGAUUGUUAUACGUUUUACCAAAGUAGAUUACAACAGGAUGAUUGUUAAAGUCCACAGCUGUCGUCAACUUACACAUGGGGCUGCUGCCAAAGUCAAUGGGAGUUUUGUACAUCAAUAAACCCAGCUCCAGAAGGAUUUCAAAUUUUAAAUCAAUUAUUCAAAUAGAGUAAGAUAAUAUCCCAGAGAAAAAAAACACAAAAAACAAACCAUUGUACCUUUAGGAUGGCUAGUAAAAGAUGGAGAAGAAAACAGCAUUGGACUUGUCUCAUUAUGCUUGUGCAUCACAGUCAGUCCCUGGUUGAUUUAUGUGUCACCAUGAGCAAUAAAUCUCUCCCCUUGUAUGUGUUUAAAAAUCUGUCUUUCUUUCAUGGUGCCUUCUAGAAUUGAUCUUAUAACAGAGAAUAAAUAUAAUUUCCCCUUCCUUACAUCAGCUUUCUGACACAUUGUCAUAUUUCUACCAUCUGAAGCAAGCGAGAGUUGUAAAUGCUGGUGCUUGACAAACGGACUCAGUUAUACAGAAUAAAAGUAACACCCUUACGUUUCCUGACGACGUUUUGUAAGAUACUAGAAAUAUGAUACUGUGGCUCGUUAAGUGCUAGAUAUUCAGCUGAAUUCUUAGCGGCAACCGGCAACAUUUUCUAAAAUGUCUGUCUCAGUGAUGAAUGUAGAUAUGAGUAACUAUUUGUCUGCUGAGUAUUAUAUGUACUAUAACAACACUUUCACUUGAGUGAGUUAGAAUAAUGAUGGUAAACGUAAUGCACAAUGCUUUAUUAUCUCUGAUCAUGAAGCGGAACUGUUCUCUUGUCUAACACAAAUGCGUGUGUGUGUGUGCGUGGGGGGGGGUGGGAUUUUCCAUUUGCUAUUUAAAUAUUUUUGAAAAAAGUUUGUAAAAUAUGGCUACAACAUGUGCCCAAAAUAUGGAACUGCAUGUGCAAAAAUUGUGCAGUUGCUUAGGCAAUAUGCAGUUUUCUGUUUGUUGGUAUCUGCGAUCCAUAUGCAAUAUCUAUUUCUCACACGCAUGUUCAAUUAACAUUUUCUUCAUAUCUUGUAAAUUUGGCAGGCAGAACGUUGGCAGAUGAUUAAGAGAAUUUGGUCCACUAUGUUGUUUUGUGGAUUCUGAGCUUUUUCCUCUGUUCAUUUUACAGUUAUUUAUAUAAUCUCAGAGCCCUAACUGUGAACUGGGAUCCUGGUUUGUUAUGGUUUUGAGCCAGUUUGGAUGUGAAGAUUUGAGUAAUUGCAUUCAUCAAAAAUUAUGAAAGACUGAUAAGAGUUUAUUGAGUAAAUAACAAGUAUCAGGCCCUCUCCUCACAUAAAUCAACAUAAUGGUUGUUUCACCUGAGGAUCAAGUCCCAUUAGAUAAGUAUAACCAGGUUUUAAAGAUCUGUCUUCUAAAUGUGUAGGGACCCUUUUUCAUGAUAUUUACAAAUGGAAAGAUGUAAACAGGAUUUAGUGAGUUCCUCAUGGCCUGUGUGCCCGCUUGCAAUGUCUGGCAACCACACCAUUCUUCUCUAAAUAAGUUCCAUCCCUGUUUUUACUCUUUGGGUAAAAUACCCCAACAACCUGCUUCCAGUGGCCCUUAAUCAGACUUUUUAUAACCUCUCUUAUCUCAGAAAACAAUCAAAUCUAGUUAUUAAGAAAGUUCCAGACAAAUCCUUAUGAAAGCUGAGGACUGUUGCAGCAGUAGCCGCACAUAUCACAGCAUCACAGACCAGCUGAGAGCAGAAGGGACCGCUGGAGAUCAUCUUGUCCAGCCCCCAGUAGGCACAUCACCGCCUUCUGCAGUAGUUUGCUGUCUCAAUUUUGCCCAUCCAUCUGUUUUCUCUGCUUCAAGUCAACAUUACUAUCUUCCUGGAAAUAUUUUUUUUUUUUUAAAUAAUUUUGGAAGGACAUCUUAGACUUAUUUACAAAACCAGCUGCAUCAGAGCAACUUCAGAGGUUACAAAACUCAGGCAGAAAUAGAAGUAAAUGGAAGGCUGAUGGUCAGGAAGGAUGGAAGUUAUAAACUGACUUUGCUGCUGUUGCAAUGGUGUGUUACCCUGGCUGCAGUGGGCAUUUCCUAGUGACCUGUUUCCACAGUGGGACCUCCCCAGGUCCCUCAGACAUCCACUUACCCCAAAGAGAAAGGUGAACUCUCUGUCAAAGCAGCACAGCCUCCGUAGGAAGAUCCUUGUUGGGUUGAGAAGACUCUAAUGCUUUUCAGAUGGGCUAUAUGGGACCUACUGACAUUGUUUGAAUUACCAGAAACCACCUACACCUGGAUGAGCCUUACCUUAGGAAACAGAAGAGGAGAUCUAGGUAGCUUGCAGAAAGUAAUUUUUUUCUGGACCUGCAUGUCCUGAGAUUCAUAGAUUCCUUACCCCACUUAAUCCUAAAUGAAGAAGGCUCUGAGAGCUCUGACUAUAUUAUCCCAUACAUUUUUACAUGAGCAGUGAAUAUUUUUGAAACUACCCUUUGGAAAUUAGUUGCUUUUCACUAGUUAGAGCUGUCUUCUCCUCACAUUAAAUGUUCUUGUGAUGAAAUGAAGCCUAAAAGCAAAGCCAGAGACUUCACACCUAUGUGUGUGACAUUCAUUAUCGCUUGACCCUAAUAAUUACUAAAUAUUUCAGCACAUCACAUCCAGCACAGAAAGCUCAGUUAGAUCCUGAUCCCAUGGUCACUAUGUGUUUGCUUCAGCAGGUAGCCCUGGAUACUUAGGGCUAAGCACAGGCUUCUGUGUUUGCAGAAUCAGGGAUUAUAUCUUUGUAACCCAAGCCUGAAUAAGUGAGAACAAUAAAAUUUUAGCCUUAAACCUUUUUUUUUUUUUUUUUUUCCAAUUUGCUUUUAAUGCUUUCAGCUUUCAGUAAGUAUAUCAAAAACCUUUAUGAAAACCAUCCUGCUCGAAAAAGGCAGCUGUCCCUUUUGGGAGGUUAUAAAAGUUUACAUGGAGAAAAGAGCUGCUGCAGUCUUUGUAAAAUGUCUACUCCUUACCUGUAGUCCUGCUGUGUAUCAUGUAAAUAUGUAUUUAGGGUUGUUGGUUUUUAAGCAAAUAAUGCUGAUCUAAUGAACUAGAGAGGCUGCUAUAAUUUAUCAUAAAUGUCUAUAUUUCUAAGAAAGAUGGUUUGCCCUAUAGACUGUAAGUGCACUUCAGAAAUGCAUGUAUCGAGAAGCAAAUGCAUCAGGUGUAUGACAGCACGCAUGUGCAGUAAUUGUGUAGCAAAAUACAAUUUUUUGGUUGAAGAAAUACUAUUGCACAUGGUUUCAAUGUACCCAAAGGCACAAGUCCACAUGGUUGAUUAAUAAUCUACAAGGAUAUAUUAGGAAAAAGAUCUCCAUUUGGAGUUACUACUGAAUUCUAGAAAACUGUUUUCUAGUCACUGUAGUUGUACAAUCGGAGCUUCAAAGCAAAUAUUUUUUAAAAAUCAUACAAAUAGCAAAAAACUGAAAGCCUCCGUCCUCCUGGGAUUUGAUCCAACAAGAGCUCCCAAGGAAAAAGAAAAACUGCUUUCAAGUGACAUGCCAGUGAGAUGCUAGUGAAAUACUAGUGGGAACGCAACAUGGCCCAGGGUGCAAAGUUGGCCAUAGCCUUCCUGCUGUUGGCCAUCACAGGUACUCCUGUUUUUUUUAUAUUUCACUAGCUUGAGUCUGUGAACAAAACAAAACAAUAA